CUUUCAAAAACAAAAUCAGUUCACUUUUGAUGCAAAUUAAUUACAAUUCAUAAUAAUAUUAAAACUAAAACAAAAGUCUAGAAAAAGUUUUUAGUGUUUAUUGACAUCAAAAGUAUUUGACAAUGAGUUUGACAUCGGACCGACUGUUGGCAUCGGGUGUGCUAUUUUUGUGCACAUUACUGGUGGGUACAGUCCCCGUAUACCUGUUCCAGUACUGGAACCGACGGCGCACUACCCGUACGGUAGUCAUCACCACCAAUGAGAGCAAUAAGACCGUACUUUCGGCCAAUUUUUACGUACAAUUAGUGACUCAAAUAGGGGGAGGGAUCCUAUUCUUCACAGUCCUCGCGCAUAUGAUCCCCGAGAUUAGAGAGAAUUUUGACAAAUAUAUGGCCAGUAAUGAGUCGUUUAUCAGAGUGGAGGAUAAAAGUGAAUUUGUCAAAGCCAUUCAACCCCUAAACCUGCCAUUCCUGGAGCUAUCCAUUUGUUUGGGAUUUUUUGCCGUUUAUUUGGCCGAAGUUCUCAUGCAUUCACUGCUCGACAGUCACGACAGCAGUAAUAAUCUGAAGGAAGAGUUCUAUGACUUCGACAAAAAAUCUCAAAUCAGUUCCGUCUCGACAUCCCUCGAGUCGGAGCCCAGUGUUGUCCAAAACACCAAAGAGGAUGAGCCGGUGCUCAUAGCUAUUAGAUGUCAUAAAUCCAAAUGUGAUAUAUCCACGCAUUUACAUAAUGUGAUCAAAUUGGAGCCUGUUUACAUCCGACUAAUUCACGGAUUAGUGAUUAUAUCGGCCUUUUCUAUUCACUCGCUAUUUGACGGCAUCUCAAUCGGUGUGAAAACAAGUACCCCUGAAAUAUGGACCAUGUUUAUAGCCAUUUGUUCGCACAAACUCAUGAUUGCCUUGAUACUAAGCGUCGAAUUAUACGAAAAGUGUCUCAACUUUGUAUUAGUCGUCUUUCUGAUGGUCCUCUUUGCCAUUAUGUCUCCAAUCGGUAUAAUAGCCGUCGUAUUGGCGGAGAACUCGUAUGAUUUGAACGGAGAGGACAACCCGUUCACUAUAUUCCUGAGUGCUAUGGCGUCGGGAACUAUACUUUAUAUCGUAUUCUUCGAGAUUUUACAGAAGGAUAGGGCGACUAAACUCAGACCUAUCGUCCAAUUCAUCGCUAUAUUCAUAGGCUUUGCGCUCAUGUUUUUGGUGACAAUUACUAUGAAAGAAGAUUAG